AUGAUUGCCACGAAAAUGAAACUCGCGUUUAUGAUAGCGAUUCUGUUUGUAGCGUGUUUUUUUGCAGCAUUUUACGUGAAUGAAAAUGUAAGCAAAUUUUCCAUCCUUUUGAAAAUAUUCUCAGUGAAACCCGAAAGGCAGUACACAAAAGAUCCUUCCUGCGUGCUAACUGUCUCUGACAAAUAUUCUGAUUGCCUCAAAAUAAUCAAUGGCAGCAUGGAAAAUAUGCAAGCUGUUACUGGAGUCAAACACAAAGAAUCACAUUUGUUGGAAAUAGAUUAUGUCAAACUAUGUAGGGAUUGCAUUUCCUUCAUUAAUACCCGUGGAUAUGUCACCUCCCCCUUAUCGAAGGAGGAGCGUGACUUUCCCAUAGCUUAUUCAAUUGUAAUCCAUCACAAAAUUGAAAUGUUUGAGAGGCUUUUACGAGCGAUAUACAUGCCACAGAAUGUGUACUGUGUCCACAUCGACCGGAAAUCUCCGGAAUUAUUUCACUCGGCAGUGUUGGCUAUCAUCUCCUGUUUUGAUAACGUCUUCGUCGCCAGUAGACUUGAGCCAGUGACCUAUGCUUCAUGGUUUAGAGUUCAGGCCGAUCUCAACUGUAUGGGGGAUCUGGUAAGAAGCCGGAAACCAUGGAAGUAUUUUGUCAACUUGUGUGGACAGGAUUUACCAAUCCAAACAAAUGGAGAGAUAAUUAAGAAGCUGAUAUCUGCCAAAGGUCAAAACAUUAUAACUUCCUAUCCUCCACCAGUGAUGAAACAGACGCGGUGGAAGUAUCGAUAUCUCAUUGGUGAUACCGUAGUGAGAAAAUCUCAACUGAAACAGAAACUGAGAAAUAUCAACAUUUUUGUAGGAAACGCGUAUUUUAUUGCGACCCGAGAGUUUGUCGACUAUGUGUUGAAAAGCUCUGAAAUCAAACAGUUUUUCAAGUGGUCAGAAGAUACCUACAGUCCUGAUGAGCACGUGUGGGCAACAAUUCACAGAAUGCCCGGAGUUCCAGGCUCCGAACAUGUCUGGGACAGGAAUCGCAGUCUGAGCGUCCCGGUCUUCAGUCACUUGAUAAUAUGGAGGUCACAGCAAAAUAGUUCAGAGCAUGGCAGGCAGGGUCAUCGUUGUGCUGGAGAGUAUCGCCAUUUCAGCUGUGUCUAUGGUGCUGGAGACUUGCCGUGGAUCCUCCAGCAUCGAGAUCACCUCUUUGCCAACAAAUUUGACUCUGAAAUGGACAAUACGGCGGUGCAGUGCAUUGAGGAGCACCUCAGGUGGAAGAUCCUGAGCAGGAACAGUUCACUGAAACCUUAG